CCCCGCCCAGGUACCGGAGGCCGAGGGAGAAGCCGGGCCGAGUUUCCAGAGGACCGAACUGGGCGCGCGGGGCGGCUGCGGCGCAGGUUUCCUGGCCGAGUCCCUACUUCUGGCCCCUCAUGCCACUGGGACUGGGGCGGCGGAAAAAGGCACCACCUCUGGUGGAAAAUGAAGAGGCAGAGCCAGGCCGGAGUGGCCUGGGAGUUGGGGAGCCUGGGCCCCUGGGUGGAAGCGGAGCAGGGGAAUCCCAGAUGGGCUUGCCCCCACCUCCUGCUGCCCUCCGGCCUCGCCUGGUGUUCCACACACAGCUGGCCCACGGUAGCCCCACAGGCCGCAUCGAGGGCUUCACCAAUGUCAAGGAGUUGUAUGGCAAGAUCGCUGAGGCCUUCCGACUACCAGCUGCAGAGGUGAUGUUCUGCACCCUCAACACCCAUAAAGUGGAUAUGGACAAGCUCCUGGGGGGCCAGAUCGGGCUGGAAGACUUCAUCUUUGCUCACGUCAAGGGACAGCGCAAAGAAGUGGAAGUAUUCAAGUCUGAGGAGGCGCUGGGACUCACCAUCACCGACAACGGGGCCGGCUAUGCCUUCAUUAAGCGCAUCAAGGAAGGCAGUGUGAUUGACCACAUCCAGCUCAUCAGCGUGGGUGAUAUGAUUGAAGCCAUCAACGGGCAGAGCCUGCUGGGCUGUCGGCACUACGAAGUUGCCAGGCUCCUCAAGGAGCUGCCCCGAGGCCGCACCUUCACCCUCAAACUCACAGAGCCUCGGAAAGCCUUUGAUAUGAUCAGCCAGCGUUCAGCCGGUGGCCACCCUGGCUCGGUCCCACAACUGGGCACUGGCCGAGGGACCCUCAGGCUCCGAUCCCGGGGCCCUGCUACAGUGGAGGAUCUGCCAUCGGCCUUUGAGGAAAAGGCCAUUGAGAAGGUGGAUGACUUGCUAGAGAGCUACAUGGGGAUCAGAGACACAGAACUGGCUGCCACCAUGGUGGAGCUGGGAAAGGACAAAAGGAACCCAGAUGAACUGGCAGAGGCUCUCGAUGAACGGCUCGGUGACUUUGCAUUCCCAGAUGAAUUCGUCUUUGAUGUCUGGGGAGCCAUCGGGGAUGCCAAGGUCGGCCGCUACUAAGACUGGAACUGAACUGGACCUUGAGAUAACCUGGGCUUGGCCUGGCUGGGGCCUCCAGGAUGGCUGCCACAGCCAAGACCUGAGCACUCUGCUUAGGCAUGACACUCAGCAGCCUGGGGAUGGCAUGGGAUGGAAGUGGCCUAUGGUCCUGGCCCCGCUCCGAUCACCACGGUGCCCAGCCUGGUUGGGAUCCCUGGCCAACCUCUGCCAGGUUCCCUACCUACCUCAGUAGAGUGAGUGCAUGGGGAGGGACCAGCACACUGGGCAGCCACCUCUGUCCCCAACACUUCCCUCUAUCAGCUGGCAAACUGCCCCUUCUGUCUCCCUGAGGCUCAAUUCUGUUUGGGGUCAUGACUUUCCUAUCUUACUUUUUUGCUUUGUUUUUUCAAGACAGACUCACUAUGUAGUGCUGGUUGUCCUGGAACUCACUAUGUAGAUCAGGCUGGCCUCGAACUCAGAGAUCUGCCUACACCUGCAUUCCCAGUAAAGGUGUGCUUCACCA